ACAAAAUCAAAGUGAGCUGAAGAGAACAGCCUUGAAAAAUGGCAUUGCCCUUUACGAGAACGUUUGAGAACAAGAAAAAUCUAGAGGUAACGAGAAGACUUUUUCUUUUAAAAUGAAAUUUUAUUAUUUUUGCCUUAAGCUAGAGUGGACUAAAUUGGACGUGGAAAACAUAAGGUUUUUUGUUAUCUUGGAACAAAAAUCGGGUGUCUUUGUAUAGAUUUACUCUUUCACUAACGCACAAUUGUGAUCAAGUUCAGUUCAAUGCUAAUAUAUACGCUCUCAGUGUUAUGCAUAAGAACGCGCUAAGAACAAAAUCUGCCCAAGACCCGGUAAAAGCAUUGUUUUAACGUUAAGCUGAGGUGGAUGGAAUUGGAGGAACACAAACCCUGUUCUCGGUAGCUUGGGACAAACCCCCGGUUACUCUGUAUCUCCUAUUUCCUAAAAAAAAAAAGUGGGAUAAAUUCAUUCAAUGCGGUUUAAUAAUAAUUUCUCAAUGAUAUAGAAGAUGCUAGGAAAAGAAUCUGACCAAGACCCGAUAAAAACAUGUUAUUUCCAGCUACAGGGCCCGUUAUUACCCUGACUAAUCAACGGUUAUGUAUAGCAACAGCUCAACCCAGUGAAUACUCUUUCAGUGUUCUUGAAAAUUUACCUUUUUAAUAUUUUGUUUCAGAACACACCUAAAGUGCCUCACAUUCUCGUGAUCGGUGGCGGAGUAGUUGGGAUAACCAGUGCUUUACAGUUACUAAACAAGGGGUAAGUAACCGCUAAACACAACCCGCAAAAGUUGAAAAUAACCACCUCUUCUAACAAACACAGUCAAGAGCCGCUCCCUAAAUUUUCUUAACUAAUUUAAAUUAGUUCAGUUCCGUCCGUUCGGAUCAAAACUGUUGCGAAAAGAUCCUGCGUUAACUCGCAUUAAGUGUAUUUCAAUACGGAUGAAUAGAUUGACAUGGCAUUUAUUUCCUUGUUGGAAUACAGGCAAAGAGUAAUGAGAGCGUGACUAAUAUUUCAAAACUUCCUUGACGAUAAGUUAGUCGGCGGUUUUUGAAACAGACUGUAAUUUUACUUAAUCUAAUCUUACAGCACCAACUAAACAUUUUUUAAAAAUACAGUGUAAUACUGCGUAUCGGUCUGCUAUCUGUUUUACACACAGGUUAAGUAAAAUCAUUCUAACGAAAAGCGGUUAGAUAAAUCUAUAAGAAUAGCAUAACACUUCAUUCCUCUAACAGACACAGCGAUUUUCCAUUCAUUGGGCUUUGUUAGCAAAAGAAAAAAAUCUUGCAUGUGAGGGACUAAAGAAAAACGUUGACUCACCUGAUAUAUUAGGCAUGCGUUAAUUUUCCUUGACACGUUACUUAAAAUGCUCAAUAUUACUUUUCAUACAGUCACUCUUGCCGCAGCCAGACACGUUCCGUGUGAACGUCAUGUUUUCUUUCGGGUGGCGAGCGUAGAAAUAAAGUCGUAUUCUUUAGUUGCCUCCCUAUUUCGCCUAGUAAUUUUAUUGUUGAUUAUAGUGUGUAUUCAUCCAUAUUAAUCAAAUAUACCUAUUAUUUUUCUUAGGUACAAAGUCACCGUUGUAGCAAAGGAGUUCGCCUCACCAGUCGCUUCUGGUAAAUGCAUCACCUCCGAGAUCGCCGGUGCUUUGUGGGAAUGGCCUCCUGCAGUAUGCGGACGGCACACGGAUGAGAAGUCACUUGAGAGAUCCAAGGUGUGGUGUAUGGACAGCUAUGGAAAGUUCAUGGAAUUGGCUAUGAAACCAAAAGAAACUGGAGCGUACCUCAGGCAAUCUGUCUUCUACUUCAAGGAUAUGGUUGAAGACCUUCCAGCACAGUUGGACAAGAUGAACGAACUCUGCCAUUUGCCAGGAUUUCGUCAUGACUCAAAACUCAUCGAGGAAACUGGUAAGAGUUCGUAUGGCACCCUAUCUAACGUGCGUUCAUUUUAUGAAUAUUUUUGUUUGAUGCUCAUAAGAGCCUCUCCGAACAAAAGUGCCUUCAUAUCUUACCUUUUAACCGAUUUCAACGCUUUAUAUAUUUGUAUGCUGUGUUGCGCUUCACCUCUAUGUUCUCAUACGGACUUUUGACUAAAAAGACCCUGACACGCGGGGUACUGACUUACGGUUUUUUUUCCACUAAAGGUUCAUCAGUGGAAUGAUGUAUGUUCCAAAUCGUUUAUAGCUUCGUCUAUCGUGUAGUUCCAAAAUAUUCAGAUAGAAUUUAUAAUUCCCUUGCAGUUAUUCUAUGCAUAUAGAUGCUAACUGAUCGCUAACUAUUUUGGUCUCUCCUUUAGCUGUAAACACAGACACGGGUGUGGUGGACGCGUACCAGCACAUGGCUCCUAUGGUUGACACAGUUGUGUACAUGCAGUGGCUUUACAAACAGUGUAAAGACAAGGGCUGUCGCUUUGUACACGAUGAAAUUAAAGGACUACUGAGAGAUCAAGCAGAAGGCUUGAAAAGGAAAUACAAAGCUCAGCUGAUCUUCAACUGCUCUGGACUCAGCGCUAAAGAACUGGCAGGAGACGAAGAUGUUUACCCUCUGAGAGGUAAAUAAUUCUCCCUUUAAAUUUAUUGUAUUUUGUAAUAUAAACAUGUCAUUUCCCUCUUACCCCCAAACACACAUUUCAUCUAAAUUCAAGCAGUGAUCGCAUUCUAACGGGACCGUUUUUAUUGAAAUCUCAGGUUGUAUUCUUAAAGUUAGAAAUGAUGGAAGCUUGAUGCCUAAACUCAACCAUUCCAUGUGCAUCUCGCUGAUCGAGGACAUUGAUGAGUCCAAAAAAGACGGACAAAGCUUUGUGUUCAUCCUUCCAAGAGGUGAAGACAAACUGUGGUUGGGUGGCAUGGUACAACCCUACCAAUGGGACAGAAAUCUCACCCUCGAUUAUCCACCAAUCAGAAGAAUGUUUGAGAAAGUCAAAGAGUUCUACCCUCCACUUCGUAACUAUGGAGACGAAGACGUGGAAGAAGUGUUGGUAGGACUGCGGCCCGCUCGUAAAGGCAACGUUCGUUUGGAGUGGGAUCCUGUGUGUCCGUCGAUUCUGCACAACUAUGGACACGGAGGCUCGGGUGUGACUUUCUCCUGGGGAUGUGCUAUAGAGGCCAGUGCCAUGGUGGAUCGUGUUCUCAAGAGACCACAGAUUUAUCUGUCAAAGCUUUGA